AGGCUACGGUUUACCUAUCCACGGUUUGUCACUGGCUUCUGGCAUCCUCCCCCGUCCACCCACCCCCCUUCUGUUGACGACGACACCGCCAUGAGUAAUUCCUGAUCUCAAACUAGUCCGUGUGACUGUUAGAGACAGGACUCCGCCACACCGACGCACAUCAGUCUUUAUUGUCUCUGCAAGUCAUAAACCCGAGGCAGUGGGUUCAUUCGCAUUGAUCUUGUCUACCUUAUCGUAAAGGGACAAUGUGUCCGCGAUAGUUCAAGUAUUACUGAUACUCUCCUGACUUUGUGCCCAAGUUACAAUGUAAUUCAGGCUGAGCACUUCAGAUAAGUUUUCAAUCAUAAAAUUGUGGAAAUUUGUCGCUUUCUUUGAACAAGUCAGUACCAACUUGAGUUAGCCGAAAUGUGUUGCACCAUUAGCUUAUGAUUUCCGAGGAGUUUAGACGGAGAUAGUUUUAUUUAUCCAAGUUUUGGAGGCGGACAUUUCUUACUUUGAAUGGGAAAUUACGAAAUGUGUUUAGUCUGUGUGCUUUUUCCAAAACUAUUUUGACCUCACGGACCUAAGUGGACGAAAAAAAAUUUAUUUAUUUUUUUUUAAAAAAGGUGUUCCCGAUUGCCUGGAAUUAUUUUGUUACCAAAGUGGAAGACGCCGUGGGUUGCGCCAUGAACAGGCCUACAGGGACUUCCAGUAGGAUCUUAGUGGACAUUCCGUGCAAGGUGUGUCAAGAUCAUUCGUCUGGAAAGCAUUACGGCAUCUACGCCUGUGACGGGUGCGCAGGAUUUUUCAAGAGGUCAAUUCGACGAAAUCGUCAGUAUAUAUGUAAAUCUCGAGGUCAAGGGUCAUGUCCUGUAGAUAAGACGCACAGGAAUCAAUGCAGAGCAUGUCGUUUAAAGAAGUGUGUAGAAGCCGGAAUGAACAAAGAUGCUGUCCAACAUGAGAGAGGUCCACGAAAUUCCACAAUCAGACGACAAGUCGCCAUGUAUCUCAAAGAGUCAUCGGAAUAUGGCGGAGUUUUAAACGCCGGUUCCUUCAGGUCUCCAUUCUUCCCUUCUCUCAUCACGUAUGAAGCUGUCGGGGAUGGAGUCACUGUAUCGGCCGUGGAGCCGCCCCCGACCAUCGCCACGCCACCAGCGGGGCUCUUGAUGCAGCCCCUCCCAAAGUAUCCUCACGAGCUGAUUCAGAGUUACGCCAGCAACCCGGAAGCACUUUGCGAGGCCGCCGCGAGGCUGCUGUUUAUGAGCGUGAAGUGGACCAAAACGGUGCCGGCCUUCGUCACGCUGCCUUUCAGGGACCAGGUGCUUCUACUGGAGGAGAGUUGGCGGGAGCUUUUUGUCCUCGGGGCUGCCCAGUUCCAGAUACCUUUGGAAGGGGGACCUCUACUCGCUGCAGCAGGCAUCACGGGUGAGCACAGUCCUGCUGACAAGGUUGUGACAAUGAUGAGUGAGUUGAGGGCACUGCAAGAGACGAUUGCCAAGUUCAAGGCCCUCCAGGUUGACCCAACGGAGUACAUCUGUCUCAAAGGCAUCGUGCUCUUUAAAACAGUAUUUGCCAACAAUUCGCCAGAGAUGAAAACGUUACGCGACUUUCACUCCGUGGCCAGUCUGCAGGACCAGGCCCAGCUCACGCUGAAUCAAUACAUCAGAACAGCCUACCCCACUCAGCCUUUCAGGUUUGGGAAACUGCUGCUUCUUCUACCAUCCCUCCGUGUUGUGAGUGGUUGCACCAUCGAGGAACUUUUCUUCCGAAAAACGAUCGGGAAUAUUCCCAUUGAGAGACUUCUAGUGGACAUGUUCAAAUCCAGUGAUUUCUGAAGACAGUGACAUUUUAUUGAAAGUUUCAAAUUGUUAACUCUUUCACUCUGGAUAAUCAGUGGGAAAAAGAAAUGGUGUUUGUCAGUCCUUUUGGAAUGAUGGGAUGUGACAUCGAUGUCGUGACAGCACAGAACACACAACCAUCACGAGUCAUUUGUUUCUCUUUCGUAGACACAUUGGCGAACAAAUAUCAUGUUCAGUUUUGUAUGAUGAUUUUCAAUGCUAGAAAACUUAACUAGUAAGUGCUGGAACUAGAGAGUGAUGGAAAUAGUGAGUACUCGAAAUGAUUUGAAUAGCAUUUGUUGAAAUGUUCAAUGUGAAAACAAAAUUGAAGUACACAGGCGCUGCACGGAGAAAUAUUACAAAAAUGUGAUUUUGCCUCAUUUCAAGCAAAAACAAACAAAUCCUUUCAAAGGUUAUGUGUUGAACUAAUGACCGGUAUAAAUUGAUACACAGUAUGUAUAUGACGCUUCGGGCCAGUUACUGAAGCAGUAUUAGAAGUAGAAAAAACUAAAUUAAGAUUUCUGGAUAGAUUUGAACUUUUCAUUAGUGGGACGCACACCGAAGCAGACAGUGUGUUUAGCGCCUCGCACCGAAGUACAUAGACCAGCGAUAAGUGUUUUUUUUUUAAAUAAUUUAUCUACAUAUCUUAACACGGGGAAUAAAGGAAUUGAAGCGUCUGACUGACCGUAUUGUUAAUCUGGUCUUCAUGUCACAAAAAUCCUGGAUGUAUAUAUAUACAGAAUGACUUUAUUCUUGUAACUUAUUUGAUUCUUCUGAGAAGAAUUUUUACCCCCCCCCUACCCUUUUUUUUCUUACCCCCACCCCCACCCCCGUGUCAUAUCAUUUAAUAAUGUUAUUAUUUCAUAACGGCAUGUAUAGUGUCGCUUCAUGCAAGACACUUCUUUGUACAUUCCUGAGCUGAAUAGAUCGAACCAUUUUCGAGUCUAGUUGAAUCAAUAUUCAGAAAACAUUUCCAUGUUAAAUCUAUAUGUACAAGUCUCUGGUGUAGAACUGAACAACCGGAAGCAGCACAGCUAGUUUCUAAAGAACAGUCAAGUUUUCUUUUAGACCUUGCAAUCUAUAGGGCAGAUGAUAUAAAGGUCCAAGGUUAACGAGGGUGUCAUGUGGCCAGCACAAGUAACCAACCGCCUUUACUUUUCCCCAACUAAUGUCAGGUGCCCAUUAAAGCUGGGUAGACUCAGGGGCGCCCUAGGAUCCUGAAAUAAAAAAUCCCAUUCUUCACCAUAAUUCGAACACGGGACUCCUCGGUUCGAAAGCCAAGCCUUUUACUUUUCAGCCACCGCGCCUCCUUCUAUAAGUAAGAAGAAAAAAAAAGUAAAAACAAAAUAGUCAAUACAAUAUAGCAAGUUUUUAUCAUGCUGUGCUUGUAUAGAUUUUAUAGAUCAAGAAAUACUGGUUAGAAUCAUGACUGAUACAUACAUAAAUAUAACAAGUUUUAUUUAUUAAUUGUUCCAUUUUUAAAUGUAAAUAUUGGAUGUAUCAUUUCAAUGCUAAAACACGAAAGCAAAAAUUGUUAGCUCGAAACAUUUUAUAUAUUAGCUGGACUAGUCUAUAAAUACAUUUAUAAACUGAAAUGAUAUCCUGUGUUUAUCAAACUUUUUCUCGACAUAAAACAUGAGCAUGCUUAAUUGUAAUGACACGAUCUCAUGACGCCAUCUUUCAAUCCUGGAAGACGAAUGAAAACGUUUAACUCCAUGAAUAAUUUUCUUUCCAUUUGAUAUUUUAAGACAAAAAAAAUUGUUUUGAGAGUAAGAUUUUAAACCAAUCGCUUUGUUACAACUUUUAUCAGCCAAAAUCUACAUCUAAUAUUGAUUUAUUCUGUCUAGAGUCUCAAACCAAACUAAACAAUGCCAAGGACGAUGAAUUAAACGUCAUAAUUGUCAAUUAAAUAAAAAAGAAUUGAGUUAUAUUUGAACAAUGUCUACGUAUACUAGUGUACAACUUUGAAUCAAAUCUCCUCUAUUACUUCUAGUUAGUUUAUUUGUUUUUAAAUAAGUUUUUAAGUCGUAGAAUAAAAGUCUAAUGCUUUCUUUAUAUUAAAAUUAAUUUGUGCUGUAAACGGAAGAGCUUAGAACAUUGGAUUCUGCAGUGCUAACAAGUGCUCAAAAAUCAUCGUAUCCUUUUACAACAUAGACUUCCCAACACUUCCUUUAGUUUUUCCGCCAUGUUUGAAAAUAUCCGAUAGAUUUAAACACGUUUGAUAAAGAUUAAACCACAGCUAAGGAUUGUUGAAAGUUGACUUGGAUGAAAUGCACAUUUAUGUUCUAGCUUUAAAUUGUGUAUAAAACAAAAAAAAAUAAUACCAGAUGUUGGCUUCUGUGUUGGCUUACGAAUGGCCUAUGAGCAAUAUUUUGUGUAUAUAAAUAUGAUCUAAACUUGUAUGUUUAGUCCAUUGUUUAUUUAGUACGAAUGGGAUACAACACUUUACUUUGUCAGCUGUGAUCUUUACAAAAACCGAUUAGGUUCUACUUUUUGUGAAAUUUUGUUGUUCCAUUCAUGACAUUUUUUAUGACGAUGCAUGGGAUUUGAGUUAAACAGAGAACAUAUCCAAUACGCCACUUUGCUGUAUAUGCAAUUCUGGCCUGCUCUGUGGGCUGUAAACAUUCUUUUAUGUGAGCAUUUUUACGUUGUAUUACUGGGUGCUUGUGUGUGUGCAUAAGAGAGAAAAUAUAACUAGAAUGUCUGUGUUGACAGAUAGAAACGAAAUAAAGGAAUUGUAAAUGUAUGUCUUGAUUAAUGAACAGUAAGUAAAUACAAUUGUAAAGGCUC